CUACGUUACUAGCCUCAUGACAUGCAUAACGCUUUUAUUCUCUCACAGUUGCCAGAAUGUCACGUGUCAUAUUUUUUUUUUUAUAAGUACACUGGUAACAACUUAAGCAUUACGAAACUUCGAUCAAAUAAACCUCACCUAGCAAAUAAGCCAUUAAAUGUUUUGUUGUUGACCAAAUUCGACACUCUUAUUGACCUCCAUACAAAAACUCCAUGUUUGGUGGGCGAAAAAACGACACAUGCUGGAGGGAAACAGAUUUUCUGCCGAGUUUUCUUCCUCUGUCGGAUGUGCAGUCCGUCAAAUCGAAGGCACUCCUUCAAUAUAACAUUGUUGAAAACGUUAGAGUAAUACCAUGUUCGCCUAUUUAAGACAUAUGCUCGAAUCUAGGAUGUGCCUUUAUGUUUCGAGAGAAUGAACGACUAAGGAAUCGUUUUUCACUUCUCAUUGACUUGUCAAACCCCGGUUUGGUCUGUUUCACAAGAUGAAGUCUCGCGAUGUUACGCCUCUGGAUUUAGAAACUCUGCAGCCAGACUGCCCAAAGCGAAGAUUUUACAAAACGUCUUUCACGCUGGUUCGAUUUGUCAUUCCCUGCUCGCCGUACAGAAACAAUCGGACUGCGUCUUUAGUGUUUUCCUACAGCGCAAACGUGGGGUAUUUUUCAUCUAUUUGGGGGAAUAAAGUUGACCAAAACAGCAUUUAACAGGCUACAGUAGCAACCCAUAACUCAACACAAUAAAAUGGAGACAGAACACCGGUCUAAAAAGAGACCCUGUGGGGAUGAGAAGUCCGGAUCAGAUCAUCCUUCUGAAGAGGAUGACUAUGUCCCAUACGUACCUGUCAAAAUCAGAAAGCAUCACAUGCAACUUAAGAUGCUGCGUCUGCGAGGGAAGGUGGUAGAGGAGGAGCAGAAAGAUAGUGGAGGAGAGCAGAGAGAUGAGGACGAGGGUCUGGGACCACGCUCUAACGUCUCCCUGCUGGAUCAACACCAGGUCCUCAAGGAAAAGGCUGAAGCUCGUAAAGAGUCAGCCAAGGAGAAGCAGCUGAAAGAAGAACAGAAGAUUCUGCAGAGUGUGGCAGAGGGAAGAGCUCUCAUGUCGGUGAAGGAAAUGGCCAAAGGAAUCAUCUAUGACGACCCCAUCAAAACAAGUUGGUUGGCUCCACGGUACAUCCUGAACAUGCCCCCUGCGAGACACGACCGCGUCAGGAAGAAGUACCACAUCCUGGUCGACGGUGACGGUAUCCCUCCGCCGAUCAAGAGCUUCAGGGAGAUGAAGUUCCCACAGGCAAUCUUGAAAGGUCUGAAGAAGAAGGGAAUUGUUCACCCUACACCCAUUCAAAUCCAGGGAAUUCCAACCAUUCUCUCAGGCCGGGAUAUGAUCGGUAUCGCCUUCACGGGGUCAGGGAAAACUCUGGUGUUCACCCUCCCCAUCAUCAUGUUCUCUCUGGAGCAAGAGAAGAAACUGCCUUUCUGUAAGAGUGAAGGACCCUACGGUCUCAUCAUCUGCCCUUCAAGAGAGUUGGCUAAACAGACCCACACCAUCAUAGAGUACUACUGUAAACUGCUGGAGGAAGAAGGGGCUCCACAUAUGAGAUCAGUCCUCUGUAUAGGAGGCAUGUCUGUCAAAGACCAGAUGGAGGUGGUCAAACAUGGUGUCCACAUGAUGGUGGCGACCCCCGGCCGUCUGAUGGACCUGUUGCAGAAGAAGAUGAUCAGUCUGGAUAUCUGUCGUUAUCUGGCUCUAGACGAGGCUGACAGAAUGAUAGACAUGGGCUUCGAAGAAGAUAUCAGAACUAUCUUCUCCUACUUUAAG